AUGAACACAUCCUAUCCGUUACCUAGCGAUGUUAUUUCGUGUACACGGAGGAGUAUUGCUAACAAACGACGUUACAUUGUUAAAGACUUUAUUAUUAACAGUAAAAUAAUGCCGAGGCGUGACAUGACUUUCGAAGAUUCUAACGAUGAUCCCAAUAAAUUAGAUCAAGGAAAAACUACAGUUAAUAGUUAUGCAACAAAAAAAACUGUAGCUAUUAGUAAUUUAGAAAUUGCACUACUAGCAACAAAUGCUGUACAAUUGAAAACUCUACUUGGUAAUAAAGAUAACAAAGACACGCUUUGGGCAGUUGGAUUAGGACUUGUUUGUGCAUCAAUAGUUUUUCAAGUUAUAAAUGCUUGUGUUUUGGUUCUAUUAGGUACAGAUGAUUUAGGAAAAAAACAACGGCAACAUCGCUUAAUAUCUUUAAAUAAUUUUUCUCUUAUAAUAUCCCUUUUUAUAACUGUAAUUAAUGUUGUUCUUAGUGUUAUUGUUGCUGUUGAGCCAGCAAUUCUUUCACAAACACUAAAUAGUACGACAGCUGUUUAA